AAGGGGCUGGCGCUCAGUUGUACAAGAGUGGCAACAGUCCAUCUACCCGGCGACCAAAGUCGAUUUGAUGACAUUUUAAGUUUUUUUUGGGGGGAGUUAACGGCACUUUGUGUUUCUUCACUUGAGAAGGACUACUGAGAAGAGACGAAAAGAUGAAAUACGUUAUAGGAAUUGGCGGAGUCACUAAUGGUGGUAAAACCACCCUGACUAAUAAGUUGAUCAAGACAUUGCCCAAUUGUUGUGUAGUGCACCAGGACGACUUUUUCAAGAAACCCGAUCAGAUAGAAGUCGGGGAGGACGGCUUUAAACAAUGGGAUGUGAUCACUGCCUUGGACAUGGAGGCCAUGACCGACACCGUCAAAGGCUGGGUGGAGAAUCCAGUGAAGUUUGCCCGUUCGCACGGUGUCCCGCUGUCUUCUUCCUCCGACGUGGCCAACCCAGAUGAGCAGACCCACAUCCUGAUUGUGGAGGGCUUCCUGCUCUACAAUGACCCGCAGCUGCUGGAUGUUUAUGACAAGUGCUAUUACAUCUCCAUUCCCUAUGAAGAGUGCAAGAGGAGGAGAAGUACAAGACAAUACACAGUCCCAGACCCUCCCGGCCUGUUUGAAGGCCAUGUUUGGCCGAUGUACCUCAAGCACCGCACAGAGAUGGAAGGCAGUCGCUUAGAUAUUGAGUACCUGGAUGGCUUGAAAUGCAAAGAAGAGCUCUACAACCAGGUGUAUGAGGACAUCCAGAACAACCUGCUUCAUCGUUCAUAGCAUGAAGUCAGCACUCCAGUGCUGUACAAAUAUUUGUAUAUAGUUCCAAGGAUUCUUUUUUUAAAUAGUUUUUUGUAAAAGUUUUUUUUUUUUUUUGUAAAUACAAUGAAUUUAUUUUAACUUAUGAUUGUUUCCAUUUUGGUCUAAAAGUGAUUGUUGAAGUGAUUUUACCUGUUAUUCACACUGGACCCUUUGCUGGCCAAUCACAUUCUUCUUUCACCAAUAAACAUGUAUUCAUGUUGGAGAUGAA